AUGUCUAAGGAAACACCAUCUAAGGGGGCAGCUAAUGCAUUGUCAGAUCUAGAAUUGAAAGAUCCAAAGAAUCUAAAGAACUCUUUAGAGACAGUCUCUGAGGAACCACAGAAGGAUAAGGACCAGAAUGAAGAGGGUAAGAGUGGUGCGAAUAAAGAGGAAGCAGCCUUACAAGGUAGACUUUCAAAGGCAGCUGAAGAACAUCAGAAAUUUUUAAAAUCACAUCAAGUGCAGCGUCAUAAUUUGAAGGAAAUGGAAAAGGAUGAACCAUUACUUGUGGAAAAUAAACGUAGAUUUGUUCUUUUCCCCAUUAAAUAUCAUGAAAUUUGGCAAGCUUACAAGAGAGCAGAAGCAUCAUUUUGGACAGCUGAAGAAAUCGAUUUAUCGAAGGAUUUGGAUGAUUGGAAUAAUAAGAUGAGUGAAGGUGAAAGAUAUUUCAUUUCAAGAGUCCUAGCGUUCUUUGCAGCAUCCGAUGGUAUUGUUAAUGAGAAUUUGGUGGAGAAUUUCUCUGCUGAGGUCCAAAUACCGGAGGCUAAGUGCUUCUACGGGUUCCAGAUUAUGAUGGAAAAUAUCCAUUCUGAAACUUAUUCGCUAUUGAUUGAUACCUACAGUAGAGAUACCGAGGAAAGUGAAUUUUUAUUUAAUGCAAUUGAAAACAUUCCACCAAUCAAGGAAAAGGCAGAAUGGGCAAUUAGGUGGAUUCAAGACGAUACUGCCCUUUAUGCUGAAAGAUUAGUGGCCUUUGCCGCAGUGGAAGGUGUUUUCUUCUCGGGAUCAUUUGCUGCCAUCUUUUGGUUGAAGAAGAAGGGUCUAAUGCCAGGUUUAACUUUCUCUAAUGAAUUGAUCUGUAGAGACGAAGGUUUGCACACAGAUUUUGCUUGUCUAUUAUUCGCCCAUUUGAAGAACAGACCAAGUCCAGACAUUGUGGAAAGAAUCAUUACUGAAGCUGUAUCAAUUGAGAAGAGAUACUUUGAAGAUGCUCUCCCCGUGGCUCUGCUGGGCAUGAACGCCGCGCUAAUGAAUCAAUACGUCGAGUUUGUUGCUGACAGACUUCUGGUGGCUCUUGGUAAUGAGAAAUACUAUAACGUGACAAACCCAUUCGACUUUAUGGAGAACAUCUCUCUAGCCGGUAAGACUAAUUUCUUUGAGAAAAGAGUUUCUGAUUAUCAGAAGGCUGGUGUCAUGUCAAAGACCACUGAACCUCAAGGUGAUACCUUCAAAUUUGAUGAGGAUUUCUGA